AAGUACUAGAGGUACAGAUAAUAGCAGUGGUGUGUAGUGUUGACGAUGUAGUGAACAAUUGUUAGUGAAAGCUGUAGUUGUAGCUCUCGUUACAACUAUAUUUCUUAGUAGAAUAUUAUCAUGAGCAAAGCUGGUACAACUAAAGAUAUGGUCUUUGUCAUACAUGCCCAUGGCCUUUGAAGAAGUGAAACGGGCGCCAGAGAUGAGAGCUGGCCAACAUUUCAACCCGUGUAGCAAGUUUUUAGGAGACCAGUAGUAGAGCCACCGGGCAUGGUUGGGGUAUUACCCAGGUUUCUCCUCCGCGACAUUGUAGUGUUAUAUGUUGUUGCUAUUGGUAUCUAUCACUGAAGAUGAUAGGUAAUUAAUGAAAUUUUACUCAGUAACACCCAAACACGGUGUAAAAAAAGUCUUAGUAAGAACAUAUUUCUGUUCUUUAUGCCUCAGAUUACGUCAAACUUCACUGCGUACUAUUUUUACCCUGAACUUGAAUGUUAAAGUUUUAAAAAUUUGAAAAUUCCGUAGAACAAUCAUAGAUAUCUAUUCCCAGGAUCAUUCAGAGAUAUAUAAACCUGGACCAUCCAAAGAGUUCCAUUCCCCGGACCAAUCAGAGAGUUCCAUUCCCCGGACCAAUGAGAGAGCUCCAUUGCCUGGAUCAAUCAGAGAGCACCAUUCCAUGAACCAAUCAAAGAGUUCAAAUUCUUGGACCAAUCGGUUCCAUUUCCUGGACUCAUCACAGAGCUCCAUUUUUUUAAAAUUUUACCACAUUUUCAGGGAAUGGAGCUGUGAAUUUCUCUGGUGGGAUUUCGUCUGAGCAAUAUAUAUACCUGGGAAAAUGUGCAUCAUUCACAGUGGAGGAAACUUAUCCAACCUAUCUGUAAUGUCCAGUACCAGCCAAGAUGAGGAUGAUGAACGUGGUGGUGAUGGUGGUGCUAGGGUGUUGCGGCCUCACCUCAGGACAGAGCGUAGCAGACCUCCAGGCGAUCUUUGAGCAAGCUAUCCAGGGUUCAUCUCAAACCACCAAGAGACCCCCAACUCCACCCGCAGUCUCUGGUGGACCUAGUGGACAGUUUCCUGGUUCCAGUGGACAGUUUCCUGGUAGCGGUGGACAGUUUCCUGGUUCCAGUGGACAGUUUCCUGGUAGCGGUGGACAGUUUCCUGGUAGUGGUGGACAGUUUCCUGGUUCCAGUGGACAGUUUCCUGGUAGCGGUGGACAGUUUCCUGGUAGUGGUGGACAGUUUCCUGGUAGCGGUGGACAGUUUCCUGGUAGCGGUGGACAGUUUCCUGGUUCCAGUGGACAGUUUCCUGGUAGCGGUGGACAGUUUCCUGGUAGUGGUGGACAGUUUCCUGGUAGUGGUGGACAGAUUCCUGGUAGCAGUGGCCAGUUUCCUGGUAGCAGUGGCCAGUUUCCUGGUCAACCUCAAAGACCAGGUCGACCAAAUAGACCAGGCCGACCUAAUAGGCCAAUUGAAAGUGGCAGUGGGCAGGGGACAUCCUCUGGUAGUGGAGGAUGCAAGUUCUUCUGCCAGGUACCAAGUGGACAGUGGGUGCCCUGCUGUUGAGGAUAUGAAAGUGGUACGUGGGUUUUAUUUGUAGUCCUUUUGCCCUUAAUUUGAAAAAAAAAUAUAUAUAACUGUACUUAUGGUAUGUUUCAGAUUCACUUGGAUUACAUGUCUUUUAGAAUUCAUAAUAUCUGCAAAAUUUCAAAAUGUUCUCAUUUUACUCAAUUUACUUCAGUGGAAUACUGUACAACAUUAGAAUGAUAGCAAUAAUAGAGAAGUUUGUGGAAAGUUUGGAAUAAUUUAAUUUUUAUCAUAAGUGAGAGAUGCAUUCAAACUUUUGUAAGGAUGAAGGAAAUAUAAGUGAACUGAUUAACCCUUAUACCAUGACUAUGGGAGAACCUGACUGCCUUGACAGCUAGGUGGACCGGGUGUGCACUCACCUUAUACAUAAGGUGAGUGCCUCAUCCACUGCACCCUAAUAACAUCAUACAUUAUAAUGGAAACUACUUUAGGUGAAUACAAUACAGGAAACAAGUAUUUACAUUUAUUUUAUCUCAAUGUAUUUAAUAUUUACAUCAGAAGAAUCCACCUGUCAAUGUUUAAUCAUUGGAAAAGUACCAGUGGUGAUACAAUUAAAGUGUGUAAUAAUAUUAAUACAAUAAAAUACCAGUCUCCCAACUAUGAAUAAAUCUAUGUAGUGGUACUGUUCUGUACAAGACCUAACACCCAUAAUGUAAUAAUAAAUACUAAAUAAAUGUUUUGCACUGGUA